AUGGGAUUCGAUGAUAUGAAAGCCUGCAUUCGUCAACUUAUUGCAACCGUUGACUUUCUACACAGCGAGGCGCGAAUCAUCCACACAGAUCUGCAAUUAAGAAAUCUUCUCCUGAAUGUGGAGGAGUCAUAUCUUCCAAAAACCGAACAGGGCCAAAUGGAUGACCCUCCUGCUCGGAAAAUCCUGAGUGAUGGCCGGACGAUCUACCAAAGCCAGCUGCUUAUUCCGGGCGAUGGAUUGCCUCUUCUCGGUGACCUCAGAGAAUGCUGA